AUCGUUCUUUCCAAAAAAAACUAGAGCUUCGAAGAGCAGAUGCGUGGGCUGACGCGGCAGUGGCUGCGGGCGUUGCGGCCCCCGCUGGAGCUGGGUAGAGCGACAAGAGGCUGGGGCUAGACGCGCCUCAAUAGUCAGUAUAAUAACAACCCCCCUUAUAAUACGCUUGAUUGGCUGUUAAUCCUGUCUAUUUCCAUUUGGUUUUUAAUAGAUUUUAAUUGGUUGAAAUAAUUAGCUUGAAGACGAUUGCGGAAGAUCGCCAGAUGAUCCGGCCACACUAUCUUGGAGGAUUCUGACGUGUCUUUACUUCUUACUGUAGUGUAAAUGUAGAAAGCGGCUCUUUAUGAUACGAUGCGAUCGCUUAGGCCUUAGAGAUGAAGAUCCAAGUAAAGCUGAGUGGCAAUCUCCUCACUUUUCAAGUUUCUAAAGGGAUGGAAAUUGCUCUGUAUGAUGACGAUAUAUUGCGCACAUGUCACGGCGAAGUCAUCACCACACUAUCUUUAAGGAUUAAGUGCAAAAGAAUUGCUCCUGUACAAAAUUUUGGUCUUGCGUAGACUGGUCAGCACAAAAUACGAUUAUGAAGCGUAUGAGCCAGAGAUAUGUGGCCAUAAGCUCAAUGCGAGCCAAUUUAAGGAUGUUAAAUGGUAUAUCAAAAGACUUAGCAAAUUACGAUCAGUCAAGUUUCAAUAUGCAACGUGGAAAGACGAUUGUAUCUAGGGUGGCCU